CUUACGGGCGCGUUCACUUAAAGACAGCACCAUGGAGAUUAUUUAGACAAGAGCAAGGGAGUUGAACUAGGGGUGCGCGGCUGAAGAAGCGCGCACACAGAAGGGUCCAAGGGGUUCCAAUUUGCAUAUCUUAGUCUUCGAGGACGCGCACUGACUUUGACGGGCAGCAGGCGGUGUUGAAUGAAUAGUUGGAAUACGGAGUGAAGCAAGGCAGAGAGAACUGAAAGGUUGGAUAUAUACUGGAGCUUUGGAAAAGAAGCUUUUAACGUGUGCGGGCCUUACAACAGCGUUCCAUUCCACCAGAGUUAAAUUCAUAGAUAUGUGGAGGUUCAAACCAGUGCUCCAAAGUACAUUGUAGAAAUACACAAGUCUGACUCUUAACUACAAAUGCAGAGGGCAUCUUCUGAGGGCGCAUUGAAUGUCUGGCUGUGAAGAUGAUCUUCCUCCUGCUGUGCUACUGACUCCUACGAGUCUAGGCCUGAUGGUGUUAAGAGUAUGGACUUAACUAAUGGACAAUCGAGCAAUGUAGCUGCCACUGCUUCAGAGAGGAGCAGCAGCUCGGAGUCCUUAAGUGAUAAGGCUUCCUCUGAACUAAAGAAGAGCUUUGAUGCUGUGGUCUUUGAUGUUCUCAAAGUGACCCCUGAAGAGUACGCUAGUCAGAUAACACUAAUGGAUAUCCCAGUUUUCAAAGCUAUUCAGCCAGAGGAACUUUCAAGUUGUGGAUGGAAUAAAAAGGAAAAGCAUAGUCUUGCUCCCAAUGUUGUUGCAUUUACAAGAAGAUUUAAUCAGGUCAGCUUUUGGGUUGUCCGUGAGAUCCUUCAUGCACAGACACUAAAAAUAAGAGCUGAAGUUUUAAGUCAUUACAUCAAGACUGCUAAGAAACUGUAUGAACUCAACAACCUUCAUGCACUUAUGGCUGUAGUUUCAGGCUUACAAAGUGCACCAAUCUACAGGCUUACAAAAACAUGGUCGUUAUUGAGUCGAAAGGAUAAAGCGAUGUUUGAAAAGUUAGAAUAUCUAAUAUCUAAAGAAUACAAUUAUAAAAGACUUAGGGACUUCAUCAGUAGCUUGAAGAUGACACCGUGUAUUCCUUACUUAGGUAUCUACUUAUCGGACCUAACCUACAUUGAUUCAGCAUACCCCUCCACUGGAAGCAUUCUUGAAAAUGAGCAAAGAUCAAACCUAAUGAACAACAUACUAAGAGUUAUUUCAGAUCUUCAGCUGUCCUGUGAAUAUGAGAUAUCUGUGUUGCCUCAUGUCCAAAAAUAUCUGAACUCUGUUAGAUAUAUCGAAGAACUUCAGAAGUUUGUUGAAGAUGACAAUUACAAGGAGCUGGUGUGUCUUCGGCUCCGUCCAGGUGAGAGCACACCGGGCUCUCGAGCGAAAAGGGAAGACGCUGUCUGUCCUGAUGUUUCUUCCUCUCCUCAGAGUAGCCGGAAAUCUGUCUGUGGUCAAGAAGGAGUUUCUGCACAAGUACCUCCAACCCCACCUUCACCCCGGAACCUUCUACCUCAUGGGCACAGAAAAUGCCACAGCUUAGGAUACAAUUUUAUACACAAGAUGAAUACAGCGGAAUUCAAGAGCGCAACAUUUCCAAAUGCAGGAUCAAGGCAUCUUUUGGAUGACAGUGUAAUGGAGAGUCAUUCAUCUUCGUCUCGUGGCCAUGCAGAAAGUUCCACACUGUCUAGUGGGAUAUCACUAGGUAGUAGUGAAGGUUCUGAAUUAAGUGAAGAAGCUGCUUGGCCAGCAUUUGAAAGGAGCCGAUUCUACCACUCUCUUGGUCCUGUGACGAGGGUGGCACGAAACGGACCACGAAGCCACAUGAACACUACCAGUUCUGCUGAGUCCGAAGAGUUAGCCAUCCAUCUGUAUCCUGGUGCAGUGACCGUGCAGGGAGUGCUGCGAAGGAAGACGAUGCUGAAAGAAGGCAAGAAGCCUACGGUAGCAUCGUGGACUAAAUAUUGGGUAGCACUAUGUGGGACCCAGCUGUAUUACUAUCCUGCAAAAUCUAUCAAAGCUACAGAAAGAAAGCAUUUCAAGACAACUAGUACGAAGAAUGUGCCAGUUGUGGGUUGGAUGGUUAUGAUGGCAGAUGACCCAGAGCAUCCAGAUGUUUUCAUACUAACGGAUUCUGAGAAAGGAAACUCCUACAAAUUUCAAGCUGGAAAUCGAGUGAAUGCAAUGCUUUGGUUUAAACAUCUGAGUGCUGCCUGUCAAAGCAACAGACAACAGGCUCCUGCCAAUCUUAUGUCCUUUGAAUAAGAGACUACUUUUAAAGCUGGAAAACCUUGAGAUUUGGACUUUAUCGAGACGACCUCCUGGAGUAGUGCCUCCACUUUGGAGUUCGGAGCCAGAGCAAGCCCUGUGGACUGUGCAACUUGGAAUCUGCAAAGUGAUGAACAAAGCACUAGCAACUGUGGGGGCUGGAUUCCAAUCUGAAGAGAGUCCCCUGAAUUUCCUGAGAUUAUAUUAAACUUAUUUUUAAUACAUGUUUAACUGGCCAUGAACUGUGCAAUUUGCACUCAGCAUACCUGUCACUGCCUUAAAGAGUGAAAGCAAGAUGGGAAAAAUUAAUGACACACCAAAUAAGAAAGUGUGUGUGUGAAUGUGUGUGUUACAUCGAAUGAGGAUGUUCAUUAAUUUAGUAUUUGACAUCAAAAGAUGUGUUUGCAGCUCUUUUUAACUUUCUAGUACUUUUGUGAGAGUUGUGUUUUUAAGAUACAUUUGGCUAUUAGCAGAAAAAUACUGGCUAUUUAAGAGAAGUAGCCGGUUAAAGAAACAGAUUGGUUUUGGAAUAAAAAAACAGGCAAAUGGGUCAGAAAUAAUUCUCUGUGUUAAGCCUGACUUAAAAAUUGUUAAUAUUUCUGUCCCCCCUUACAGUAAAGGGUGAGGAGGAAUGCUUGAUUUGUACUAACCAUAUGAAAAACUAUCCUGUCCAUUGGGAAGAUGUGGAUUAGAAAAUAUAUUGCGAAUGCCUCAGCAACUCAAAUAAUGUUUUUAACAGACUGCUGUGUACUGAUCCAUUUUCUCCAUACAAAGCUAAUUCAUCCUGCCUAGUAAGGACGUGUUACCAAUCUGUAAAUACGUUCAUUUUUUGUACAUACUCAUUGUUUAUAUAAUUUUUUGUGUAUAGCCAUGUCAUGCUGGUUGUGCAGAGGGCAUUGCUUAUUGCAUUAGUUAGUUAUUUGGUGGUUGUUACUACACUGUUUUCUUAAAUUUUGUUCGGCCUCACUGUCUGAGUUAAAUUAAGUAAUAACAUUUCCAUAAUUCCAUGCAGUACUGUCUAAAUAGCGCCAUUACCAAAAAAAGUGUCUGUGGGGAGGCAUAUGUUUUUGGGGUUUUUUUGUAGUUUUCCCCUUGGAAGUGUUGGGCUCAUGUUUGCCAUCUGGGACAGCAGCAGUUUGUCAGUGUGUGGAUAGUUGAUUGUCUGGGGAAGUUUACUUUCUAGAACACAGCUCCUGGAAUCCGACCAGAAUAGCAGUUGGUGUAAAUUUCUAGCCUUUAGCAUCGGACAGGUGGAUGUUUUGGAGGUUGUAUCGGUUCCUUAUCCACUAUUUUUUAAAUCUCCAUGGCAGUUGGCACAGGAUAGCUGUCCAAAAUACAAACCAUGUGCUGGUUGUGAUACAGUCUAUGUAACUUAUCAAGACCAAGUGGUUUCACUCCAAUUACUGCUUGUUUGUAACUAAUGGGCAGACCAUGGAGUGUGACAACAUACAUUUAUAGGUUUACAAUUUUUAUCUUAAUGUAAAUAUUAAUCAUUCAGAUGUUAUCAUUCUGUUUAACUAAUGAAUUAUUUUUCUGUUUUAAUAUAAAGCCUUGCUGGCAUCUGUA